AUGUUUAAGUGUGCUCGGUUUGUGGAUGCCCACUGGGCGACACUUGUCCAGAGAGUAAAGAUGGUGAUGCCGAUAGCGGAUGAGCUGUGGUCAAGUGGCAUGAUGGAGUGGGAGCCAUACUGUAAGAUCAGAGCAGCAGAUACUAACCAGGAGAAAAUGAGAGAGCUUUAUGAAGUGCUGCACUCUGGUGGAGACAAGGUUAAAUCUGCCUUUUAUUCUAGACUGGAAAAGCAUGAGUCAUGUCUGUUUAGAGCCUUGGGUAACAUUGCACAAACUGCAGAAGCUCUCAUAGAAAGCUUAAACAAAUAUAAGAAGUGGAUCCAGAGGGAAUAUGAAUAUGUGACUGAGUAUAACUCUCUGCCUGGUGGAUAUGUGCUUCUGUCCGAGCGCUACACACAACCUCUGAUCAUCAUGAGACACAGAGAAAAGAGCGAGCGAGAAGAAGAGAUGUGCUCUGUGGGAGGGGGUUUCCAGCAGCUCCUCAUCUCCAAGAAUAAUGCGGACAAAGACAGCUCCAUCCUGGAUGCGCUUUUCAGUGUCGAUAAUAAGGGGAUCAGUCCUUGUUCUGUCAUUCUCCAAGGAAACUCCGGGAAUGGCAAAUCCUUCACCGCUCAAAAGAUCAUGCUGGAUUGGGCGUCUGGAAACCUUCACAGAGAGAAAUUUGAUUGUCUGAUUCACUUGAAAUGCAAAGACCUGAACCACAUAUCUGGAGAGCAAAGCUUAGCAGAGCUUUUGAGUCACAACUCAAAUUUAACAUCGGACCAGAUCUCACAGAUCCUGCAGAAGUCAGCGGAGAAAGUUCUCAUUCUCAUUGAUGGAUUCGAUGAGCUCAGGUUUUCUUACAGUGACACCUCGAACAUGCCCAAACUCAGCCAUGUUUGUGAAAAAGCUCCACCUGAGGCUUCUCUGAAGGCCCUGUUGAGGGGCCACAUCUUGUCUGAGUCCUUCCUGCUGGUCACCACCAGAUCUACAGCUACAAAAACCCUGGGAGGUCUGCUCAAGAACCCUCAGCGUUUCACAGAGAUUAUCGGCUUCUCCGAGAAGGAGGUGGAGGAGUACUUCCAGAGGUUCUUUCAGAAUGAAGAACUCUUCAGAAAAGCUUUUGAGUGCGUGAAGGCGAAUGAAACCCUCAUCACCGCCUGCUCCAUCCCUGUCAUCUGCUGGAUCAUCUGCACGGUUAUGCGAGAGAGGUUCAGUGAUGGUGCAGAUGUAACAAGUGGACUAGAAACCACCACCUCCAUCUACGUUGACUUUGUGUCCACUCUUCUGGAGCAUCACUGCCAGGGUUUGAGUCAGUCCGUCCCAAUCCUGCUGAGGAGUCUGGGUCAGCUGGCAGAGAGAGGGAUGCUGGAACAACAAGUGCUGUUUGAAGAGAAAAGCAUGCAUGAAACUGUUUCAAACCCUGCUGGCAGUCCGUUCCUGUGCAAGUUCCUCUUUAAGAGAAGGAGCCGCCAGGAGACGAUGUUCAGUUUCAUGCAUCUCAGCUUUCAGGAGUUCUUCACCGCUCUGUACUUCAUCUCACUGGCGGAAAGAGACUUUCUGGAUAAACUAACAGAGCGGUUCCACUCUCAAACGCAAAGCUAUCUUGCUCUAUAUUUGGAUGAGAAGUUUCCAUUGAAGUAUGGAUGUCCUGAACCUCAUUUCCUGCCUGUGAUUCAGUUUCUCUGCGGUCUCUCCCAUAAAGAAGUGAGCAGCUCACUCGAAGAGACACACAAUCUCUCUGUUCCUUCCUUUGUACAGGCACAGUUGGAAGAAUGGAUCCUCCAUGUUAGCGCAAGUAGAGAUUACAAUUUCUUGCCCUUCAUUCUCCACUGUCUCUAUGAGCUCCACGAGAAGGAGUUUGUGCAGAAAGCUAUGGAAGCUUGGCAGGAGUUAGACAUGUCCUGGGAUCCACUGAGCAGGACAGACUGCUGGGCGUUGUUGUACUGUCUGGACUGCUGUCCUCACUUCAGAAACCUGAAGCUCAACUUUGCAGCUGAGGAGCUGAAGAUGCUUCAACCUGUGCUGUGCAGGACCCCAGAACUAGAGUUGACAGUGCAAAACUUUUCAGACACAGAUGUCGCUGAUCUGCUCGCAGCUCUCGGAGAAGGAAAGCGGCUUCGAGAACUGAGACUGAACAGCAGCUGUCUGUCAGAUGAAAGUGUGCAGCAGGUUCUUAAUGCUCUGCACAAACAGAACAACGUGGGUGGACUUCAGAUUGCAGUGAAGAGCAUCUCAGCUGACACUGCCCACGUCAUCACAGACUUCCUGCAGACCAAAGCCAAAUGGGAGGAGAUCAGUUUAAGGACUGAUGAUGCAGAAAGUCUCUGCUCGUCUCUGCGGCUCUUCAGCUUUGAAGGAAAGCUUGUAUUGAAUGUGGUGAAAUGGUGUUCAGACCUACAGAAUGAACCGUCACUGUCAGAAAUCCUUCUCAAAUGUCCACAUUCAAAGGCAUCCAGUAUUAAUGUCAAGAGCUUCUUGCAGGCCUUCCACAGUGUAAACUGUAUAACAGAAGAGAGUGCAGAUUUUAACAGGCAGGUCGAUGCUCUGCUGUCUCAGCUGCCAUCUGUGUCUGGUUUGAGUGCGAUAAAUCUUUCCGUUCCCGUCCUGACGGAGACUUGGGCUUCCAGAAUCCUCUUCCUCGUAGAGUCUUGUCCUAGACUGGCUGUGAUCAGUUUUGAUGCUGGUUCAAAGGGCUCCGAUGGUGCUGAGUGGCUCCCUGGUCUUUUAAUGGAGGAGGGAAUCAAGUUAUUGCAGGAAUCCGCAAAACGUCCCGAGUGCAUUAUGAACAUUAGAGGGUUCAGAUGCAGUAAAUCCUCUGACCGCUGCACUCGUCACACCAAGCAGAUCGAGGAGCUCAGCUGCAACCAGAGAGUGACCAUUGAGUUCUGUGGAGACAAAUGUACAGAAGACAUCAAAUGCAGUAAAUCCUCUGACCGCUGCACUCGUCACACCAAGCAGAUCGAGGAGCUCAGCUGA